GGAGAGAGAGGCUGAAGCCCUAAAUUCCCCUCCUCCGCCGACCAAAAGCCCUAAACCCUAACCCCAGCCAACGCGUCUUCCUGCCCAUCCCCGGCGGCGGCGGCGGCGUCAGCGGCGGAGGUCGGCGACUAGUACCAGCGAGGAGGAGGAGAAGAAGGCAACCGGAGAUGCCGCUGGGGCAACGCGCGGGGGACAAGAGCGAGUCCCGCUACUGCGGGGUGGAGGUGCUCGACUUCCCCGCCGGCGAGGAGCUCCCCGCCGUCCUCUCCCACUCCCUCUCCUCCUCCUUCGACUUCCUCCUCGCCCCCCUCGUUGAUCCCGACUACCGGCCGACGCCCGGGUCCGUCCUCCCCGUGGCGGCGUCGGACCUCGUCCUCGGCCCGGCCCAGUGGAGCAGCCACAUCGUCGGGAAGAUCAGUGAGUGGAUUGAUUUGGAUGCGGAGGACGAGCAACUCCGGUUGGACUCCGAGAUCACUCUGAAGCAGGAGAUUGCGUGGGCGUCUCAUCUCUCGUUGCAGGCGUGCGUUCUUCCUCCUCCCAAGAGAUCUUCUUGUGCCAACUAUGCUAGAGUUGUGAAUCAUAUUUUGCAAGGCCUGACCAAUUUGCAGUUGUGGCUUAGGAUACCUCUGGAGAAGUCUGAACCUAUGGAUGAAGACCAUGAUGGAGCAAAAGAUAAUAGCGACAUGAGUGAUACCGUAGACUCUUGGGAAUGGUGGAAUUCAUUUAGACUAUUAUGUGAGCAUAGCAGUCAACUGUGUGUGGCGCUUGAUGUUUUGAGCACACUGCCAUCUAUGAAUUCACUAGGGCGGUGGUUUGGGGAGCCUGUAAGAGCUGCAAUUCUUCAAACAAAUGCUUUUCUGACAAAUGCCAGAGGUUAUCCUUGCCUGUCAAAGCGCCACCAGAAGCUGCUUACUGGAUUUUUUAACCAUUCGGUUCAGGUUAUAAUAUCUGGGAGAUCAAAUCAUAACGUAUCCCAAGGAGGAGUGCUCUCAGGUGAUGAAAACCACACUGAAGAUACUGCUGUUCGGCAUGCAUUGAGCCCAUACCUUGACUACAUUGCUUACAUAUAUCAGAGGAUGGACCCACUUCCUGAACAGGAACGCUUUGAGAUCAAUUAUAGGGAUUUUCUGCAAUCUCCUCUCCAGCCUCUAAUGGACAAUUUGGAAGCUCAGACAUACGAGACUUUUGAGAAAGAUACCGUGAAAUAUACCCAGUAUCAAAGAGCAAUUGCUAAGGCAUUGGUUGAUAGAGUUUCCGAUGAUGAUGUCUCAACAACAAAAACAGUGCUGAUGGUUGUUGGAGCAGGCCGGGGGCCACUAGUGAGAGCGUCGUUACAGGCUGCUGAGGAAACUGGCCGCAAGCUAAAAGUAUACGCCGUCGAGAAAAAUCCUAAUGCUGUUAUCACCCUUCACAGUUUGAUCAAAUUGGAAGGAUGGGAAAGCUUGGUUACUAUAAUUUCAAGUGACAUGCGGUGCUGGGAAGCCCCUGAGAAAGCAGAUAUUUUGGUCAGUGAGUUGCUUGGUUCCUUUGGUGAUAAUGAACUUUCUCCCGAGUGUCUAGAUGGUGCUCAGAGAUUCUUGAAGCCAGAUGGGAUUUCUAUUCCUUCAUCAUACACUAGCUUUAUUGAACCUAUAACAGCAUCAAAACUACACAACGAUAUCAAAGCACAUAAAGAUAUUGCACAUUUUGAAACUGCAUAUGUUGUCAAACUACACCGAAUAGCAAGACUUGCACCAACACAAUCGGUUUUUACUUUUGAUCAUCCAAAUCCCUCACCAAAUGCUAGUAACCAAAGGUAUACCAAGUUGAAAUUUGAGAUACCACAAGAGACGGGAUCAUGCCUCGUGCACGGAUUUGCUGGAUAUUUUGAUGCCGUAUUGUAUAAAGAUGUUCAUCUUGGAAUUGAACCAAACACGGCUACACCAAACAUGUUUAGCUGGUUCCCGAUCUUCUUCCCAUUGAGAAAGCCCAUCUACGUACCGUCGAAGACGCCUAUAGAAGUGCACUUUUGGCGAUGCUGCGGUGCAACAAAGGUGUGGUACGAGUGGGCUGUGACGGCACCUUCUCCAUCACCAAUCCAUAACAGCAAUGGUCGAUCAUAUUGGGUCGGCCUAUAAGUAAAGCCAUGAAGCCAGUUUUGUUUUGUUCCGAUUUUCUUUUUAGGGAUUCUUUUUGUUGUCUUUUGAAAGAGAGGAGAGAACAGAUUCCAUUGUAUGGUUUCUUGUGUGGAGUGACUCUUUAUCAGAUAUGCUGCGUGGGAGAUUGAUUCUUCAGCCUUAAAGCAAGUGAUAACUGACAGUGGAAGAAACGCAUCUUGGAUGCACAGGACCAGAGCAACCCAGUAAAAAACAAAUGAUAUAUCUUGAUGGGUUGAUGUGUAA